UGUCGAGCGCCACUAUAUGAAGCCCCUGGUUUGCUACAGAACGACCUCACCGACAGUGAUCCCUUAUCACUUCUAGCGUGGACCAGAGGUCCAACCAUUUCUUGUUGCAUCUUCGUGUUUAUAGGAAUGAAGUCCAUCUAUCCCAAACGAAAGAGCGAGAGAGAAUGUUUGACUCUCUGAGUCUCGACUGUUUGGUUUUUUAAGCUGGAAGUGGCGAUGCCCUCAUUGGUUGGUUUCUGAUCCAUCUUAUUCCUAGCUAAGCAUGUUCAGCCCCGCAUUAUCUCUUGAAGCAUGUUGUUGCAAACUAAAACGCCGAAUCCAUUUGCUCAAUUCUGACCUGAUUUAGCCUCUCUGCUCUUGUGCAUGGAUCACUAGUGGUUCGCUUGUACAAAAAUGGCCAGGGCAAACAACUAUCAGAAGCAAGAACCUUAAGAGCUCAACACUAGUGUCAAGUAUCAGCAAGUUUAGUGGGGGAAAAAAAAGAAGAGAUGGGUUUCUGGUCACUGUUUGAAGUGGCUUCGAUGCCGGUUCUGCAAGUUCUCAUCAUUUGUGUGAUGGGAGCUUUUAUGGCGACUGGUCGCUGCAAUCUUCUCCCUGCAGAUACUAGGAAGGCCCUGAACAAAAUAGUGUUCAUUGCCUUCACACCCUCGCUCAUUUUUGCCAGCCUGACUAAGACAGUUACUCUUCAGGAUAUAAUCUCAUGGUGGUUUAUGCCCAUUAACAUUGGAAUUUCCUUCCUCGUUGGUGAGGUUCUUGGAUGGAUACUCGUAAAAGUAUUGAAACCGAUGAGUCACCUAGAGGGUCUGAUCAUUGCUGCUUGUUCAACAGGAAACUUGGGAAAUCUACCCCUCAUUGUAAUCCCGGCGGUCUGUGAUGACUGGAAUACUUGCCACUCCGCUGGACUCUCAUAUGCAUCUUUCUUGAUGGCGCUUGGUGGUUUCUACAUCUGGACUUACACUUACCAACUUAUCCGAACAUCGUCCAUGAAGUAUAAAGCGAUUCGAGCUGCCAAGGAGGCCUCGAAGGCGCCUAACAUUGAUCCAAAGUCCGGUUCAGAAACACACCUUCUCAAGGAAAAAGAUGGAGAGCAACAAGCUAUUGUUAGUGUGCAGUGGACAAAGGCUAGUGGAGAUGCAGAAACACAAGCUAUUUCACAUGGGGAUUCAGAUAAGACCAAUACAUCACUCUGGAAUAAAGUUAGAGAACCCCUUCACCAAGUGCUGGAGGAGCUAAUGUCACCUCCUACACUUGCUGCAAUAGUUGGAUUCAUUGUCGGGGCAAUCACAUUCUUGAAGAACCUCAUAAUCGGUGAGAACGCGCCCCUUCAUGUGAUACAAGACACUAUUCAACUAUUAGGAGAUGGGACUAUUCCUUGCAUCACACUUAUCUUAGGAGGCAACCUCACUCAACGUUUACGCUCUUCGAGAAUCAGACCAUGGGCUAUCGCCAGGGUGAUUUGUGUGUGGUAUGUGAUACUUCCAGUGAUUGGCAUUGGAGUCGUGAAGGCUGCCAGCAAGCUUGGCCUUCUGGCAUCAGACCCAUUGUACCACUAUGUCUUGAUGGUUCAGUUCUCACUCCCACCAGCCAUGAAUAUUGGGACAAUGACUCAGCUCUUUGAUGUGGGUCAAGAGGAGUGUUCAGUGCUCUUCCUCUGGACAUACUUGUUUGCAGCCAUAGCUCUCACUCUCUGGUCAACUGCGUACAUGUGGAUCUUGUCCUGAUAUUAUUUUUUCAGGCUAAUUGAGUCAGACUUGGACACAGCCAAUUUUGCCGGAACUUUGGGAAGCUGAGCUCGUAAUUCAUAUAAGAAUUAUAAACUUCAUAGUCAUGUACGCCAACAACAGAUACAUAGUUGACAGUGCCGAAAACAAAUGUCCGGUGAUUUACCUAAAAUGCUGGCGAAACAAUGUAAUGCUGAGUCGGCAACCUGCAAUUCGAAAGUUUGAGCUGAUAGAAAAUGAUGCUGCUUUGGUUUUUCAAAUUGAAGGCAGUCGAGCAACGGCAUGCUCUAACUGGAAGUUCACGCAUCACCAUUAGAACUACCAAGGUCUCAGAAGAGUUGACUGAAUAUGGAACUGGAGUCCUAGGAUUAAUCGAAUAUAACGCUCAUCUUACACUGGUACCAUGUCAAACUAACGGGCUUUCAAAUACUUUGAAAAGUUCGGACAAACAUGAAAUGUUGGGUAUGUUAUGUAUCAUCGACAGAUUAUCAUGAUGCUUGUGCUGAGGUUAUUUCUAUGUA